UUUCCGCAAAAUUUUUCGAUGCGAAGAAAAUCUGAAAGAAGGUCCGGUGGAAGGCGAUCUUGAAGGCGAAAAUAAACGUCGUUUAAGAGGGCUGGUAGCUUUCCAGGAAAGUGUUGCGACGGAGUUACCAAGAAAGAAACUGUCUGUUGGAAGAACGCGUUUUUUUUUGGAACAAUACUAUCGACGGCAAACGAAAACUGUGCGCGUUGAAGGGUAAACAUUCUCUUCGACGUAAACCAUGAAGACCGAAAUCGAAAUGGCUUGUAGAUUCUUGACGAAAAUCUUGAGAGGGAGUGCAAAGCUCUCAGAGAAGCAGAUCGAGGCUUUUCACAAGAAAACGAAGGAGAUUUUGUGUGCGAGAUACAAGCACCACUGGCAUCCGCAGAAUCCUUUGUUAGGAAGUGGAUUUCGUUGUAUUAGAAUCAACCAUUCCUUGGAUCCUGUUCUUGCUGAAGCAGCCCAAGCUUGUGGUCUUGUCAACAACGAUCUUGCUCUCCCCGAUGAGCUAACGCUUUGGAUCGACCCUAAAUCAGUGGCGUUUCGAAUUGGGGAAAACGGAUCCAUUUGUGAUCUGGAUGAAUCAAUGAUUUCGCAAGAAAACAACACAAGCAAGCCUUCGCCAAAAGAAGCGCUGAAUUCAAGGAACCAGGAGAGAAGACCAGCCAAGAGAAAUAGCAUGAAUAUCCUAAAUUGCACUAAGGAUGUGGUUAGUUUCCCAGUGUCUUCUUGCAUUCCAUGUUAGCAUUAAAAAACAGAGAGAUUUUAGAGUUAAAAAUGUUUGUGUGCACAUAUAAAAUUUUCUGGUAUACAAAGAUAUGUAAAUUUCACGUUCGAUCGAAAUUAUCCUUUGUAAGUUGUGUUGGUGUAUAAAGAACACUCGAAUUUGUUAAUUUCUCUUUGGCUGGGAAUUUUGUAAGAUAACAACCUGUAUUUUUAACUGUAUAGAAUUUUGUAUAAAAGUCUGUACAGUUUGCUGUUCACAGCAAUAAUAAAUUGAAUAACAUUGAAGCAUAUUUAA